CGAGUCUCGACUCACCAGUCACCACGAGCCCGAGCCAACUAGCCAAAGCGGUCGCGACAGGACGCGCUUCGCCCAUCUGAAAUCCCGGGACCAACCAAAAGCCUCUCCCCCUGCCUUCUCCGCUGACGAGACCCCAUGGCCGGCUCCACCGCGGUGCUGGCCGCCAUCCUGCUCGUCGACCUCGCCGCCUUCGGCCUCGCCAUCGGCGCCGUGCAGAGCCACCCCUCGGCAAGGCUGGAGACGGACGAGCGGAAGGAGUGGACAUACUGCGUGUACCGCCCGGACGCGGCCACGGCGCUGGGCGGCGUCGCGCUCGCGCUGCUGCUCGUGGGCCAGGCGGUGGCCGUGUUCGCCAGCCGGUGCUUCUGCUGCGGAGCCGCGCUGCGGCCCGGCGGCGCCCGGGCCUGCGCGCUCAUCCUCUUCCUCUCCUCCUGGGUGACGUUCAUCGUCGCUGAGGCGUGCUUGCUGGCUGGGCUGGUGCAGUCCGCGUACCACACCGGCUACCGGAGGGUGUUCUUCGAGAACCCGCCGGACUGCGCUACGGUGCGGAAGGGCACGUUCGUAGCCAGCGCGGCGUUCGCCCUCUUCACCUGCGUGCUCACCUCGGCCUACUACUACUGCUUCUCCAAGGCGCGGGUCAACUUCCACCGCCAGCAAGCCACCAUCGGCAUGACCCCGUUGUAACUGUCUCUCUGCUACAAAUACAAUGAUUUGCCACAGAAAGAAAAAAGAUGAGAAACGCGCUCAGCUGUGUUGUAGUAACAGUUUUGGUAGCAAUGAUUUGUGCUCUUAGCUUUUGCACAUAUUGUGUUGGGCUGGUAUCUGAGUUGAACCCAUUUAUAUGGAUGCUGCUGGAGCUGGACCAGCCUGUCCUUACUGAAUGGAGAUUUCCUAUGCCUGUCAUGGCUUCUUUAUUUUCCAGUGGUUUUUAUUA